UGCUGCUGGAGGCCUUCUAUAAGAUCACCCAGGGGCCUACAGUGGAGGGCAGAAACAUGGCCAUCUUUGCGUUCUCCAUCUUGACACACCAGCAUCUGAACAAAGUGGUUGAAUACCUCCUCCAGUUUCCCUUCAGAGACUGCGAGAGAGUAUGGAAGGAGGUUUUGACAUCGGCCGACCAAGAACAACUGCUCCAUCUCAUGGCCGAGCAGCUUUACCAAAGCCCCUUGGCGGAAUCUGCCACCCAAGUGCAACAUCUCAGCAGCCUGUUGCACGCCAUCCUCAGGAUGGAGGAAUACAAGGCAGCUGUGCGCCAGAACUUCCCACAGCUGCUGAUCGCUCUCCUGGGGAUGGUUGUCAACUUCCACUACGACCAGGAAUUCCUCGAAGGGGCUAAGGAAGUUCUGCACCUCCUUCUCGGCACCACUGGAGAGCAAGUGGAGGCGGCCAUCAUUGACCAACUUUUCUGCCGGGAGAAUUUCAACCAGGGGUUGUCUGCCAUGAGCUGUCGGAAAGCGACGCUGGUGGAUCCGUCCCAUGGUGGAAAAUAUCACCGCUGCUCUCGGGGACCAGGAGUUUGCCGGAAUGCCAGAAGUAGCGGCAGCUAUCUACAUCGAGCUGCUCAGCUGCCGUCUGCAGGUCCCCUGUCAGGAUACUUUGGAGCACCUCCACACCUGGCUGUCACAUGACCACCUGCAAGUCCAGAAGCUCAGCGCCAGAGGGAUAUCCCUGAUUCUGGACUCUGACGUGGCAAGUGAUGCUCAGAGGGGGGGAGGGGGUACAUAUCCCAUUUCUAAUCAUGGCCCAGCACUCUUUUGCUGGCAGAAUCCUGAAGGGCCUGUGAAACGAAAAAGUGUG